CUUCGUAUUGUUUCUCGCGUUAGAUGAGAUCGGAAGACGAGGCUUGGGCUCAAACCGUUAUCACGGUAACUCCCGAGGAAGAUGCAACGCUUAGAGAAAUUUUAGACACAGCGAUCCUAUCCGCACCAGCAGACAUACCGUUGGAUCUCGAUGAGAAAAUUGUGUACAGAAGAUCGUUUACUCACAGGCAAUUUCUAGAUUCGAACGAAUCGGAACAGGAGGCUAUAGACUGGGAAGUAGAAAUAACAGAGGAAGAGGAUGGGCCAAGAUCGCAACAGGAUGCAGAAAAUCAAACGUAUUUACAAGGAACACCGAUCGUUCGUAUCUCUGUCGAAUAUCGCGAUGAAGGUUCCCAAACGAUGUACAUGAGUCCGCCAUGCCCACCCCUAACGUAUUACAAAGAUAUCAUGACAUCCAUGAAUCAAGUUCCCAUGCCUACGAUAAAGAGCAGCAAUGCUGCAACAACUAUUAUCACUUUCCAUCCAAAAACAUUGCAACUGUACACUGUAACGGCUCAACUGACCACGAACAUCGCGGAAGAAGAACUUGAGGAAUUCGUAGCGACAGUUACGAGCGAGGAAGAAGCAGAAAUGGAAGUCACAGAGAUAUUAUACUUUUUAAUAGCUCGUGCAUUUUGGAUAAUUGAGCCAACAAGUCAGAGAGAGAUAGAGACGGAGGAUAAAGAGACGGAGACUUUAAUAAAAUUCGAUUAUCAUAGAAACACUCUUGUCAUCGACAGUGAAACGCAAACCGAGUUAACUUGCGAACCGAAAAAAUCUAAUACGACGCUUUUGUCGGAAUAUUGCGAAACAAAGAAUAUAAUGCUGAGUUACUUGGAGGACUGUAUUUCUAAAGGAAUCGACAGUAGGAUUGCAAUAGACGAUAUAAUAGACGAAAUUAUCAAUAAAUGUACCGAUAGAAUCAGGUAUCCCAUGUUGGAUCAAACAACGCAAACUAUAGUGACGUAUAAAUUACGCGGGGAGAAAGAGGAAGAUGUGUUACGAAAACUGAAACUCGAGGUCGUUGUGGAUCCUUUCGAGGCAACGAUCGUAGUCGUACCGUUAAUGGACAAUUUGUUGCAAAUCGUUUCCGAUACUGUCUCGAGAAAUGCUCCUAAGAUAGUGAACAAUAUUUUAGGAAAGAUUCUACGGCGAACAAUGACCAUAGUCAACAAACUCAUACAACUUGAACAGGAAUUACAACCUACGGAAAUAAGUGAAAUAUUGGAACAACGGAGAAAGAAAAUCCUUGAGUCGAUGUUGAAAACAGAAACAGAAGCAAAUUCUACUCAGACAAGUAUAGCUGCAGUUUCGGAAGUACAGAAAAUCAAGGACGAUAAGGAGGACGUUAUUGUAUGUUCCGUGUGCAGAAGACCAUCGGAAUGUCGGUGGUGUUUAGGCGAUUACGAAAACGAAACUGUUCCGCGGCCAGAAAUCAACAUACUACGCACACAAGAUAUAUUACUAGCGUACAAGCCUUGCUAUAUUAUGACUACAGUUUCCGAUAAAGAAACGAGCCUUCAAUCUUCGUAUCGUCCCGUAAACAAACUUCCGGCUCCUCAGACGCCUUACGUACCUAUUUCAAAACAAUCGUCUGAAAAAUCUGAUGGAACGAUCAAUAUAUUCUUGCAACCGAAAAUCGUAUCACAAAAGUCCAUUAACGAAUGGUCUUACGUUGUUGAUACUACUUUGAUGAAGCCAUGUUCGAUGAAAGAUUCCUCGAGCAGUACGAACCAAACGAUAACAUCGUCGGAAAAAUUAAUUUCAAAGUCGUGCGAAGGUUCAUGUUACCUUCGAGGAGCUUUAUCUUCCCAAGCAGCGAAUGCUUUGCGAAUACUCAAAGAUACAUUCUGUAGUCAAGAAAACUGCUUUGCUUCUUCGUCGCAAAGCUUGAAUAAAAGUAAUUUAUCAAAAGAAUUUGAAGAUAUAUGCGAUAAGUCGACUUGUAACGCAUGUUCGAGUAAAAGCAGCAGCAUCGAUAAAACAUUUAAACAAUCUUUACACGUAUCGGUGUAA